CACCUUCCAUAGAGGGAGGGAGAGAAGAGACCAUCCAUCCAACGGUGACUGACUCAGUCACGAGACUAUCAUGUCCUAAGUUGACAGCCGGCCCUUACCCGCCGUCUCCAUCUCUCUCUCUGUCUCUCUCUAAAACUCUCUUUCUCUCUCUAAAACAAUCCAAUUUCUUCCUUCCCUCUCACGCUCAUUUUCCCGCAAAAAUGGACCAUAUAUAAAUCAAACGUAAAGAACAAUUAAAUCCACCAACACCAACUUUCUCUCUCUCGACGUCUAUUUCUCUCUCUAGAAUUUUCCGUCUUCUCUCUAAAUCCCCUGAACAAGAGCUUCAGCUCCAUCUGUCUAUCGUAUAUUGUCUUGUACUGAAUCGCUGAUUCGAAUCGGAGGACGUUGGAUUGUAGUGAUCGUUGUUAUCUUCGCCGCCGUUGUUUUCACCGGAGACGUGGCGUUUCUCCGAUGGGAGGGAUGAGAGUUGGAGACGAAGGAGGCAUAGCGAGUAGGUUCUGGAUCAAAUUCAGUAAGGAAUCGAUUUUCGCUAUCUACACUCCUUUUGUCCUUUCUUUGGCCUCUGGAGUCCUUGAUUCCCAAUCCUUUAUCCAUUGUAUUUCUCAGGAUGUCCAUUUUCUUCAAGCUUUUGCUCAAGCGUAUGAAUUGGCAGAAGAUUGUGCAGAUGAUGACGAAGAUAAGGCUGCAAUUCGCAAGUUAAGGAAGCGUGUCUUGAAGAAGCUGAAAAUGCACGACCUUCUUGUCCAAGAAUGGGGCUUUGAACUUCCAGAAGAGUGUGUAUGUGACAGUGCAACAGUCAAAUACACAGAUUUCUUACUGGCAACAGCAUCGGGGAAAGUGGAAGGAGAAAAGUUCCCUGGUAAAAUUGCAACUCCUUUUGAGAAGACAAAAGUUGCUGCAUAUAUACUUGGUGCUAUGGCACCUUGUUUGAGGCUGUAUGUCUUUAUUAGCAAGGAGAUUCAGGCUCUUAUAGAUCCUGAAAGCAAUCACAUCUACAGGAAGUGGAUUGACAGUUUUUCCUCUCAGAAGUUUGAGGAGUCAGCUAUGCAGAUUGAAGACUUGCUGGAUAAGUUGAGUAUUUCUUUGACUGGUGAAGAGCUGGAAGUCAUAGAAAGGCUCUAUCAUCAAGCGACGAAACUUGGAGUAUCUUUCUUUUCUGCUCAACCAAUUGUCCAGCAAACAAUAGUCCCCUUUUCUCGAGUGCAUGACCAUGCAGAAUACAAUCUUACCAUAUUUUGUGAUUUUGACAAGACAUGCACAUCUGUGGAUUCAUCUGCCCUUCUGGCGGAGAUUGCAAUCAGAACAGCCCCAAAAGCCGAUGUCAGUGGAGGUGAAACCCAACUUGCUCGGAUGUCAUCGGCUGAUCUGCGGAGCACAAUCUCCAUUCUUUCUGGCCAGUAUAUGGAAGAAUAUGAACAAUGCAUGGAAAACAUCAUGCCUAGUGAAACAGCUGGAGAAUUUGACUAUGGUGGUUUAUGUAAAGCACUUGAGCAAAUUUCCUGUUUUGAGAAAAGGGCAAAUUCAAGAGUGAUCCAGUCUGGUGUGCUGAAAGGUUUAAAUUUAGAGGACAUAAAAUGGGCUGGCGAACACCUCAUACUUCAAGAUGGUUGUAGAGAGUUCUUUCAAGAGGGUAUAAAAAAUGAAAAUAUGAAAGCAGAUGUUCACGUACUCUCAUACUGCUGGUGUGGUGAUCUCAUUAGGUCUGCUUUUUCAUCAGGUGAUCUAAAUACUCUGACCGUACAUUCAAAUGAGUUAGCUUAUGAAGAAUUCACUACCACCGGUGGAAUCAUUACGAAGAUGGAGUCUCCCCUGGAGAAGCUUCAAGCCUUCAAUGACAUCCUAAAGGGCGGCAGCAAAGAAGGUGAGAACUUGACCAUUUACAUUGGAGGCUCGGUGGGUGACUUACUUUGCCUGCUCGAAGCAGAUGUAGGCAUUGUGAUAGGUCCAAGCUCCUCCAACCUAAGGAGACUGGGAAAUCAGUUCGGUAUUUCUUUUGUCCCCUUGUUCUCUGGUUUGGUUAAGAAACAGAGAGAACUAUCCGAAGGCGGCCCUUCAAAUUGGAAGGGGCUGUCAGGCAUCCUUUACACGGUGUCGAGUUGGGCUGAAAUACAUGCUUUCGUUUUUGGGUCAUAGAAACCUCUCUCACACACACCCACACCGUGCGCACACACGCACUAGUUGGAAAAGUCUACAAAAAAAUGUACAGUAGGAUAUAUUGAUAUAAAUGGUGGUUAAUUUUACUUAAGACCACAAUUGCCAUUCAGAGAUAAGUAAGUCCUGUAUACUCUGGGUGAGAUGUGCUAGAAUAGUUUACUCAAACAAUCUAAUACUCUUUUUGGAUAGAUCUUGGGAUGUCAUUGGAUUUUUUUGUUUGUAUUGAGAGUGGCAUUAUUACAAAAUGUCAAGGAUUAUUUUGAUAUGGCUUCUGAGCCUCUUGGAAUUAUAAUUGCCUUGUAAUAUUGAAAUUGGUGAAAGUGUAGAUAGAAAUUUGCCAUUUCUUGUGUGAUUGAAAUGGUAUUAUGACUUUUACAAUUUAUAUUCUUUGUUCGGUCUGAAGACAA